UGGCAAACCAACUCCCUCUACCCCCAGCUGUUAACUUCAGAAUACAUCUGAAGUCCUUCUCUGGCAUAUGUUGCAGGAGUGUAGCAGCAGCCAGCUUGGGAUCAGCCACAUUUGUAGUUCUCGUUUUCCCCCUGGUGGUACCAGUGCCUCCACCGGUUAUUUUUUACAGUCAGCUUUUGAGAACUUUGAGGAUAAUUUGGUAUCUGAAAAUUUACACAUGUGUCGAUGAGCCUUAAACCCUUCAGAGAAUCACAUUCUUCCCUCUCAAAAGAGCAUCUGCGGUUGGAAACAUCUCCCUGAGACCUGCUUGCAAGAGACUAUCGUCUUCUGCUUCCAAGCAUGGAGGUGAAGAACUUUGAAGCUUGGGAUUAUGUUGUGUUUGCAGGCCUCUUCGUCAUUUCCUCUGGAAUUGGUGUGUUUUUUGCCAUAAAGGAGAGAAAAAAAGCAACAUCUCGGGAAUUCUUGGUUGGAGGGAGGCAAAUGAGCUUUGGCCCAGUAGCUUUGUCUCUGACAGCCAGCUUCAUGUCAGCUGUCACUGUCCUGGGGACUCCUGCUGAGGUCUACCGCUUUGGGGCAUCCUUCCUCCUUUUCAUCAUUUCAUAUGCAUUUGUGGUCCUCUUCACAUCUGAACUCUUUCUUCCCGUGUUCUACAGAUCUGGCAUCACAAGCACCUAUGAGUACUUACAGUUACGAUUCAACAAGCCAGUUCGCUAUGCAGCAACAGUCAUCUACAUUGUGCAGACGAUUCUCUACACUGGAGUUGUGGUAUAUGCACCUGCUCUGGCUCUCAAUCAAGUAACUGGGUUUAAUCUCUGGGGCUCCGUGUUUGCAACAGGAAUCGUAUGCACAUUCUACUGUAGUUUGGGAGGUUUAAAAGCAGUGGUGUGGACAGAUGCAUUUCAGAUGGUUGUCAUGAUUGUGGGCUUCUUAACAGUUCUCAUUCAAGGAUCGAAUCACGCUGGUGGGUUCCACAAUGUGUUAGAGCAAGCACGAAAUGGAUCCCGGCUAAACGUAGUUGACUUUGAUGUAGAUCCCCUCAGACGGCACACUUUUUGGACAAUUGCAGUAGGAGGAACUUUUACUUGGCUUGGAAUCUAUGGAGUUAACCAAUCGACCAUCCAGAGAUGUAUCUCUUGCAAAACGGAAAAGCACGCUAAGCUUGCCUUGUACUUUAACUUGUUGGGUCUCUGGUUGAUUGCGGUAUGUGCUGUCUUCUGUGGUUUGAUCAUGUAUGUGAACUUCAAAGACUGUGACCCUUGGACUUCUGGUGCUAUUUCAGCACCAGACCAGCUGAUGCCGUAUUUUGUAAUGGAGAUUUUUGACACUAUGCCAGGACUGCCAGGACUUUUUGUGGCUUGUGCCUUUAGUGGAACUCUGAGCACAGUGGCUGCCAGUAUCAAUGCCUUAGCAACAGUGACCUUUGAGGAUUUUGUCAAGAGCUUUUUUCCACAUCUCUCCGACAAGAAGGGCACCUGGAUCAGUAAAGGCUUAUGUCUCUUGUUUGGUAUCUUGUGUACUUCCAUGGCUGUGGUUGCAUCCUUCAUGGGGAGUGUUGUACAGGCUGCCCUCAGCAUCCUUGGCAUGUGUGGGGGACCGAUGCUAGGUUUGUUCACGCUUGGUAUUGUGUUCCCUUUUGUGAACUGGAAGGGUGCACUAGGAGGCCUCAUUGCUGGAAUCACACUGUCAUUUUGGGUGGCCAUCGGGUCUUUUAUUUACCCUGCACCAGUGUCUAAGACGUUACCCUUACCUCUAUCAAUAGAGCAGUGUGUCCAAUCAAAUAUAACAGCAACAGUAGGUCCAGAGCUUGCCAGCAGACCUGCCCUUGCUGACACGUGGUACUCACUCUCCUACCUUUACUUUAGUGCUGUGGGCUUUCUGGGAUGUAUAGCUGCUGGACUACUCAUCAGCUUCCUGACAGGCAAACAAAGAGGCGAAGAUGUUGAUCCACUUUUAAUAAGACCAGUUUGCAAUCUAUUUUGCUUUUGGUCUAAGAAAUACAAAGCUCUGUGCUGGUGUGGAGUUCAGCACGAGCAGAAAACAGAGCAGGAUUACCUUGACAGUGGCAGUGCCUGGAAAGAGGGGGUUGAAUCUGCCCUACAGAAUGGACUCAAGCAAGAGAGCCUGGCCCAGAUUCCAGGCUACAACCCCAAGGACAAAAGCAACAGUGUGAAGGAGAAGACCACUCAUUUCUAAGAAAAUUCAUGCAGCUGAUAAUACUCUCAACCCCCUUCUCCUUCUCUCUCUCACACACACCAACCACACACACACACACACACACACCACAUACAACACACAUAUUCCAUGUCACUUCUUCCUGUUAUAGAAUUGUGUACAGAAUAUUUCAGAAAUAAAGUUGUCCAACACCUAUUUAUACUUAUGGAAAUGAUAAGACCGUUUCUCAGGGUUUUCUUUGGAAAGCCCCAAAUUCAGGUGAGAAAAGAUCAGCCCAGGCCAGAAGUGCCUGAUGCUACAUAACCAAUAUAGAACUGAGUUUUAUCAUAAUGCAAGGAGCCUUUGUCUUUUUGCUUCCUGUCAGAUUAAAUCUCAGGCUUUGUUGUUUGUUUAUAGGUUUAUGUUUGGUUUUGGUGCUGAAAACUAAGCACAGGGUCUUGUUCCUUCAAAAUACCUACCUGACUACUGACCUUAGUCCACAUUUCAAAGUUUUAACCACCAAAAUAUUGUGGAGGAGGUAGAGACAAAACAUAAAUGGGAAUUUGCAUAUUCAAUCUUUCUCUGACAUGGCUGAUACAACAGGGAUGACGUCAUCUCCAACCACAUGUCUUACAUAUAUGUAGACAGAUGCAUGUAUUUAUGUUAUCCAUGGGGCCACAGCCAGAACAUUUAACUUCUGCUAGUAUCCUCACACUGCUUUUUUUUUUAUGUGCUCUGUUAGUGUUCCUGCUGCUAAAGCUGUUAUGAUUAAACUUUAAGGAUAAUUGUAUGGAGUAUAGGACAAGAAAAAUCAGUCUUCCCAGUGGGUAAACCAUACAUAAAUACACUAUUUGCUUUGUGCUCUUGAGGAAGUGUUUCUUCAUCAUGUAUGUCACUUUAAAAUAAUAAAUUCCGAGAUAGAAAGAUAGCUCAGUAGUCAGAAGACAUGUGGUAAUUUACCAACACUCAAGUUGAGUAGCCUAUGGAUGCCUAUAAUUCCAGCUCCAGAGAAUCUGGUAUCUGUGACCUUCAUUGGCAUUCACAUCCAUGUGACAGAGACACAUAGAGACACACACACCAACACAUAGUAAAGAAUUCAAACUUUUUUUAGUAAAAAAAAAAAAACAAACAAACAAACCAAAAACCUCUGUGCUUACCCAGAAGUCGAGGGUCUAAUCUCCAAGCUGAAUAAAAAGGAAAUCACCCUUUAUAGGUGUGAGGUAAGCCUGCAUAUUGUAAAGAAACCUUGCAAGGAGCUCACUAUUCAGAGCAGAGAUCAUUAAUCAUGAGGUCUUAUUCAUUAUUCACAAAACCAAUCCAUGUCACAUGUGCAAGCUGAAGUCACUGCAUCAGAUGUAAACACUAUGCAACUUUAAUUCUGGAGAAUAACUUCAAAACUCUGGAGAAGAGGGGAUUACAAAGUAAAAGGUUGUUUGACAAAUGAGGAUUCAGUGAAACUUUGAUGGAAGAAGAAAAUAAAUUCUUAUAAAUGUU